AUGCUUCAUCUACAGGCUCCUCCGGAAAUCUCUCCAAAAAUCUCUGUUAUUUGUUAUAGUGAUAACAUUACAGAUAUUAUUCAAAAACGUUUUCAGGUAGAAUGCCAUCUGUAUUUUCCACAGCUCGAUUUGCAUGAAGUUUGCAAGAAGCAUGGCAUCACGUUGACUGCAUAUGCACCACUUGGAUCACCCGGACGAGUUGACUGGGAAGUACCAAAACGAGGAAAAAUGCAAUGGGCUGAAGCAAAAUCGGAUAUGGAGAACGAGCUAGUGAAAAAAUUUGCGAAAAAGUACAAUAAAACUCCGGCACAGAUUUGUCUGCGAUAUCUCAUCCAGCGAGGCAUCUGCGUUAUCCCGAAAAGUGUCAAGGAAAAACGGGUGCAGGAAAAUUUCAACGUAAAUUUUUUUGCUGAUAAGAAUGGUCUGGAGAUUAGAACGUUUAUGGCAAAAUUCUGA